GUCUGAGAAUUACAAGCAUUGAAAAGAAACCAGUGUCGCCCCUACUGGUAACAGUGUGAUUAUAUUUUGUUAUGUAACUCUAGCAGGAGGACGGAAACUCAAAAGUGUAAACCUCCCAUUUGUUACUCACAGGAAUUAAAUCUAACCAGAAUCAAGACAGACGUUAUUCAGACACUUUCUGUAACCAUGACUCUAUUACUGCAGUUUUACUUUCUCAUUUAUCUUAUAUUUAGAGUGGAUGGAGAUCAGAAGCUGGAACAGAAAAUGUCAGAGGUCAAAGCUAAGGAUAAAACAGUUAUUAUAGACUGCCAAUUCCCUUCAAACUGCCUGAGCUACAUUCACUGGUAUCAACAAAAAGAGGGAGAAACAUUAAAGAGAAUUUUAUAUUCAUCAAUCAGUGGUGGAACUGCUAUCAAAGAUGUUAAUGAUGAUUCAUUUCAAAUCCAAAAGAAGCCAGGAUCAAAUAUAGCUCUGAAAAUAUCCAGACUAAAGACAGAGGAUUCUGCAAUAUAUUACUGCGCUUGUUGGAUCUCAGACAGGAAAGUCUUUGGUUCAGGCACCAGACUGUAUGUGACAGAUGUAGGAAAGGACAAGGUUAUUGAGCCAACUCUGAAGUCAUACAAACCAUCAAAAAUCCAAGGUGAUAAAAGAACAAUGGUAUGUCAAGCCAGUAAAAUGUUUCCUGACCUGGUGAAAUUCACUUGGCAAACAAAGACCUCAACAGGAGGAGAAUGGGCUAACGUGCCAGAUCAACAAGUUAUUGAACAGAGGGACGAAGUUGGCAAAGAUCCUCCAAAGGUUUUUGUGACAAGUAUGAUUACCGUAGAUGAAAACACAAUCAAAAACAACAAAUACAAAUGUUCUGUUAAACAUGAAGGAACCACAGACCCCAAAACAGCCUACAUAGAUGAAGGUACAAGUUCACCUGGGAGUGGGGUUGAUCCUGUCGAAGCAACAUGUCCACCAACAACGGAGAACACAGAGCAAAAGCAGAAAUCAGAAACCACGGAUGAAGCACCCAGUCUGUAUCUGUUUCUCUAUGCAUAUGGUAUAAUGCUCAUGAAGAACGGACUAUAUUUUGUCGCUGUCUCUCUUUAUCUUUUCAAGAGAAGAUUUGGAAAGAAAAAUGAAAGCACUUAGGGGCUAAAUUCAUGACCUAAACAUUCAAAACAUCCACAAUAUUCAAAAAUAUUAUUUUCGGCACUUAAAUUUGGUGAUCUUUACUUUAGCGAUUUUCAGUCAUUUUUUAAAGUGUUCUUUUUAGGGCUGGGCAUAGAUUAAUCUCAUACAAAAUAAAAGUAAUUUUUUGCAUAAUAUAUGAGUUUGUGAUGUGUGUAAAUAUUAUGUAUAUUUAAACACACACAUACAUAUACAUUUAAGAAAUGUUUUAUUUAAAUAUCGUU